AUGUCGGGUCGGAGGGUGCUGGAUGCUAUCCACUUUCUCAAUGUCUCCAAAUCCAUCGCCGUCAAACACUUGGCCAUCCGGCAGCGGCAGCUCGAUGUCUACACCCGCACCUCGUCAUUAACCAAAGGCCUCAAGGAACAAGCCGAGGGCUUGAUCCUGACGGCCCAGGCGGCCGCCACUCUAGCUCGUCGCUUCAGUGAUGAUGAAAGAUCGCCAGCACCUCCGCCGACGCCCAGUGCACCGUCCCAAACGCCUCAGACAAGGACCGUGGACAUGUCCAAAGGAGAUCACACCGUCGUCGAGACUUCCGCGACACCAAAACCGCUGACUGCCGAUGAGGCUCGCAGACUUCAGCGCCAGGCAGAAUUCCAAGUCCCCUCUCACACGGCGCAGUACAAAGGCGACGAAACAUUGGACGGCCUUAACGUCAGCCCUCAGCAAGAGGUCUUCUACGAGCCCUCUCACCAGACCGCACCCAAUCUGUCCGCAUUGCCUCGAAUGAAGUUGCCCAAGGCGGCUGAAGAUGCACAGAGCACGGGAAAUGACGGGUUGAAUGCCGACGUCUUCUACUCGGCCAGGAAGUCUGAGAAGUCAAACAUGGGUGCGGAAACGUCGGAAUUGCCGGAAGAGGUCAUGCAGAACCUCUUUCACAGUCCAAGAGUCUCGAGAAUGCUGUCAGGGAAGCCGGGACCGCCGCCACGGGCACAAGCGCAGUGGCCACCCAUUGACAGGGAUCGAUUUGUGCGAGAGGAGCUGGCUCAGGCCAUCGAAACCCCCGAGCCUUCCUCGACAACAGCGACAAAGACAGAUGAGAAGGAAAUGGAGGAGCUGGCGGCCGAGGUCGCCAAAGACGCUGUCCCUCCCGUAGCUGAGACGAACGCAUCGGCAAAACCGCUCCCAUACCAAAUGGUGGAAUCGAGGGUGCCAUCAUCGAGACUGGGGAGGUUAUGGCAGUACGGCGGUCUCGCAACCUCGAUGGCUUUCGGCGCUGUCACCGAGACCGUGCGGCGAGCAGCCGGUGGUCAAGACUCUGGGUCCAUCAUGUUCAGCGCGGCGAACAUGGAGAGGCUUGUGGCGAAGCUGUCCAAGAUGCGUGGUGCUGCUUUGAAAUUAGGGCAAAUGCUCAGCAUUCAGGAUUCGAACAUGCUUCCUGAGCCCAUUCAGCUUGUCCUCCAGCGGGUCCAGGAUCGUGCCGAUUAUAUGCCAGCUUCACAACGCAAUCAAGUCUUGGCCGACAAUCUCGGACCAGAUUGGCGGGAUUUGUUCACGUCAUUUGACGAAGUCCCUAUGGCCGCUGCGUCGAUCGGCCAAGUUCACUCCGCUGUGCUCAAAAGUACUGGCAAACCAGUCGCCGUCAAAAUUCAAUACCCAGGCGUUGCAGAUUCUAUUGACUCCGAUCUUAACAAUCUCUCCAUUCUUCUCACUGCGUCUCGCAUGCUCCCAAGGGGCUUGUACCUCGACAAGACCAUCGCUAAUGCGCGCGUUGAGCUAGCCUGGGAGUGCGAUUAUAUUCGCGAGGCAGACUGUGGAGCACGCUUCCGCAAGCUCCUCGAAGACGAUCCUGUCUUCCUCGUUCCCGAGGUGAUUCCAGAGGCCUCGGGCAAGCAAGUCCUCACUAUGGAAAUGCUGGAAGGUGUUGCAGUUACCAAAAUCCAAGACUUCAGUCAAGAGCAACGUGACUGGAUCGGCACUCAAAUCAUGCGUCUGUGUCUCCGCGAAAUCACAGAAUUCCGAUACAUGCAGACGGAUCCCAACUGGACCAACUUCCUCUAUAAUGCGCGCACCAACCGAUUGGAGCUGCUUGACUUUGGUGCCUCGCGUGAGUAUCCCAAGGAAUUUAUCGACAAGUACGUGCGGACGCUAGUCGCCGCAUCUCGCAACGACCGUCAAGCCUGUCGAGAUCUCUCGGUAGAACUGGGAUACCUGACUGGCAUGGAGUCGCAAGCGAUGGUUGACGCUCACGUCUCGUCCAUCGUCACCAUCGCCGAGCCCUUUAUGCUCUCUUCGCCCGAUGUGUAUGAUUUCCGCAAUCAAACUAUCACAGAUCGUGUUCGCGCUCAGAUUCCGCUCAUGAUCCGUGAGCGGUUGGCCCCGCCUCCGGAGGAAACCUAUUCACUGCAUCGCAAGUUGAGCGGUGCGUUCCUGCUGUGCGCCCGGCUGGGCAGUCGUGUUCCUUGCAAGGAGCUCUUUGCCGAAGCGACCCGCAAAGCUCGGGCUAGUGGGCUGGACAUUGAAACAUCAUGA